AAGAUAAGGUCUUAAAAUCAAUCAAAAAUAUUACUUGAUAUUAAUAUUGAGGUUAUUGAUAUAACAUAAUGUCCAGCAAGGCAUUCGCUCUUCUUUUUGGGGUUUUUGCCCUCCUUGUAGUUGUUCAGUCCCGCGGACAGACAAAGGGUGAUCGUGGCAAAGAGUUCCGAGGCUAUGUGGAGGUGAAUGGGACUUCAUACUUCAUUGAAACUUCUACUCCACUCUAUAGAGAUGAGGCGCAAGUAGAGUGCAACGCUUUGAAUAUGUCUUUGAUUUCCUUCCCUAGCGAGCAAAAGUUUGACGAUACUGUUCAGUGGCUCUCUGACAAUGGUUUUGCGUCAAACUGGGUGUGGACCGGGGCACUGAAAGUGGCUAACUCUAUCUAUUGGCUGUGGGAACCUUCUGGUUUGGAAUUCACGUACUUCAGGUGGGCACCGAACCAACCAUCGGAAAUCGGCAAUCAGGAUCGAUUGUGCAUCAAUUUCCGCGGUCUAUCCCAGGGAUGGGAUGAUGAUUACUGCGAUGGUUUUAUAAUGGGAUACAUUUGCGAAUAAUUUGAUACAUUUUUUGCAAAUAAAUUGCUUUUCAACUUUAAA